AUGCCACCCAGAUUAGAGGCGCUGCAGCGUCUAGGCACGAUGAACCUCUGCCUGCGACCAGCAACGACAACCCCCAAGACGCCGCUCAUGCCGCUCAUCCAGACGGCCAACCUCUCGCAGCGCGAGCGCAAACGAAAGGCCAAACAGGACCCUUACCGCUGGGCGCAGGCGCAACAGCGCAAAAACGCCAACCUCAAGCGCCGCGGCGAGCUGCAGGCCGAGCGCGACGCCCUCCUCGGCGACCCCAUCUGGGGCCACAAGACGCCCUUUAUCGAGUCCCUCGAGACGGCCGCCCAGCCGACCGCCGCCAAGGCCGCCGACGGCAGCGACACGGCCGUCGUUGUCACGCCGCGCAGCCACUACCUUACCGAUGCCGAGCUCGACGAGGUCGCGCAGCACGCGCACGCGCUGACCAAGCCCGUCGUCGGGGUCAUCAGCUCGCAGCUCGAGGACAGCCUCGGCGAGGCUGAGUCGCAGACGCAGCACGACCGGCGGCACGCGCGCGCCGUCGAGGCCCUCCGCCGCAUCACCGCCCUCGAGAACGGCAGCAAAAAGGACCAGUACCACUUCAAUGUGCGGCGCAUCGUCGACGCCUUUGGCCGGCACCGCACCGACGGCGUCGUCCCGCCCAAGCCCGCGCCCAUCAACCCGAGCACCGUCGAGAUGCCCCCGCGCGCGGGUCCCGACACGGGCUCGUCCGAGGUGCAGAUUGCCAUCCUCACGGCCAAGAUCCGCAACCUCGCCGCCGCGCUGUCCGUCAACCGCGGCUACAAGGACAUCCACAACAAGCGCAACCUGCGCCUCAUGCUGCACAAGCGCCAGAAGCUCCUGCGCUACAUGGAGAGGAAGGAAAAGGGCAGCGGGCGCUGGACAAACAUGAUUGAGAAGCUCGGUCUCACGCCCGCCAUGUGGAAGGGGCAGAUUGAGCUGCGAUAA